AUGGCGCCCAAACACGGCCUCAAGCCGCCAAAAGAAAGCCACCUCAAGCGCGCCAAAACAUCCGCAACGCCCGCCUCCCGCUCAGUAACCCCAGCCGAGGCAGCAAAAGUCUCCUUCAAAGUCUUGUAUCCCGACAUAAACAUGAUGGACAUGUACGCGGAGACAACGUCCAAGAAGGUCCUGGAGUUAUGUAAGCAUGCGGAAUGGCAGGACUCGCCUUUUGAGGCACCGUACACGGAAACAGAAAAGCAGAUGGAGAUGGAAACGGAGACAGAGACAGACACAGACAGGACGUUGGAUCAGUGGUAUACAGUUGUACCGAGCGCCGAGUGGGAAAGUAUGAAGAAAUAUAAUAAUUUUAUCAUUCAGGGAGAGACGUACAAAAACAAUCAUUUUGUCUAUGUAAGGAGUACGGAGACACCGCAGCACGACAGAGAUAAGGAUAUAGAGGAGAAUAUCAAGGAUUUCUGGGUUGCUAGGAUAUUGCAAGUCAGGGCUCUAAAUGCACAGCAUGUGUAUGCGCUGGUGGCCUGGAUGUAUUGGGCGGACGAACUGCCACCGCCAAAGACGAGAUCCCCGGAUCAAAUCUCACCUCGUGGAGGGAAACGCACGUAUCAUGGAAGUCACGAACUGAUAGCAUCGAAUUAUAUGGAUGUGUUGGAUGUGCUGUCCUUUGCGGGAAAGGCCGAUGUCGUCCAUUGGAAGGAGGAGGACGAUAGUCUCCAAUCCAGGAUCUACUGGCGCCAAAGGUUUUGUCGACAGACCCAGGAACUCUCCAAAGUCCGAACACACUGCAUCUGUGAAGGCCACUUCAACCCCGAAGUUUCAAUGUAUAUAUGUGACAGCCCCUCGUGCAAAAUCUGGCUUCACAAAGCAUGUCUCGUGGAUGUGAUCCUCACCCGCACAUACGAAAAGAUUAUUAAUGGCGACAAUCCCACCAAGCAAACCAAUGGUGUCACUAAGGCAAAUGGCAAGGGCAAAGGGAAGGCCAAACCUAAACCAUAUCAGGGAAAACUUUCUGGGAGAAUUGAAGAUGAUUCGCCGCCGAUGAUCGUGAUCAAGGAUUUAAGACCGGGCCAUGUGAGAGAAUGGCGGGAGAGGAUCGAGUGCCCGAAGUGUGAAACAGAGUUGCAAUGA